AGAGCGCCAACUCCUGCAGCGAGCCAAGGCUCUUUGAUUCAGUCCUUGAUCAACGAUAGCAUAAUAUCAGUCAGAUAACCAAGGAGGGCGACCAACAAACCCAGAAUCACAUGAUCCAGAAGUGGAUUUAUACUAUAAGCAGUUUAGUGCGCCUGGCAGCAAGUCCAACCCCGCGGCGAUAUCACGCCCUGGGCUUCGGGUUUGAUAAUCGAUUCUACCCGCAAAAUAAAAUCAUUUUGCUGCCCAAGAAAGUCCAAGAGAACCCAUUAACCACUUGUUAGAAUGGCCGAAGUAGUGCAAUCUGGCCCCGUUGAAUCUCAGGCCCGCCAUGUCGUAUAUUGCGGGGUUUGCACACUACCUCCAGAGUACUGUGAGUUUGGAGGGACGGCAAAAAAAUGCGAAGAAUGGCUGAAAGAGAAACAACCGGAACUCUACCAACGAAUCCACUCUGAAGAAGCCAUCAGCGCUAACUUAUCAACACUUUCUAUAUCUGCCCAGGAGCGUGCAGCGAAGGACGCUGCUAAGAAGGAGGCAAAAGCUGCUCUGGCAGAAGCACGCGACGCAGAGCGCAAGGCAGCCUCCAAGGUCCAAAUCAAGCGUGUUGAACGGAACAAACGCAAGCACGUCACGGUCAUCGCAGGCUUGGAAGUAUAUGGUCUGGAAAAUAAGAAGGUUGCCAAGGAACUCGGUAAGAAAUUUGCAACUGGUUCUUCAGUGACCCGGUCUGCUGCUGGAAAUGAGGAAAUUACAGUACAAGGUGACGUGAGCGAUGAUGUUCAGGACUGGCUAUUGGAGGUCUAUGGGAAGGAAAUACCAGAAGCGAAUAUUGAAAUCAUUGAGGACAAGAAAAAGAAGGGAGGCAGUUAGCCAAUGAUAAACUAUCGUUGGUUGACAGCGUAGACGCAUAAUGUACAAGUUCAGUGUUGCAUAUUGGGUAUCAUGUCAAUAGUAUAAAAGUCUCGAUAGGUUUGUUCGAGGAAUUCAAGGCUGGCCUUGACAAGAAAGGUGUAUACCAGGAUUUCAGAAAUAUCGCCUGUCA